AGGCAUCUUCCCAGGAUCACAUGCGGUUGGUGCUAGCGAGUUGAUAAGGAUGGGUGACUAUACUCAUUGUGAAAUCCAUCCCGGGGGUAGUUAAUGUCACAAACGGGUGCUGGGUGGGGAUCUGCAGGUCCCCUGGGGACAAAACAUUGCAGCUCCUGAUGGGUCCACGAAGAAAAGGAGCUCACAUGAUCUUGCUAUGACUUGUCUUCUCAGGCUGUGUGUGUGUGUGUGUGUGUGUGUGUUAUGCUUGGAUGGGUUGAUGCGCUCCUCUUCUUUGUCCUCCACAGUAGGCAGAUGAGUCGCAGCGCACCGUUAGGAAUGAGCUAUCCAGAAGGGAAGGGAAAACUCCUCGCCACUCUUUUUUCGCCUGAACUGGAACGAACUGUGAAUAAAAAAACAUUUUGACUGUUUGACAGCUGGGAGAGUUCUAAAUUUGCAACGCCGCUUUGUUCAUCACUUCAUGACUCUAACGAGGCCUGGGUCGACAGAGGACUCGUUCAGCUCCUCUCCUCCUACGCAUGGGACACCCGCUUAACAUUUUCUGUUAGUCCCCGGUUUGAUUUUCAGUGCCCCCCCCCCCCCUCACCUUCAGGUAAUCCUUCUGGAUCAUUGUCCCUUCAGCAAGUCUGUACCUGCUGGUUCCGCUUACUGCCCGGUCUCCAUAGCAAUGGGAUCUACAUUCAGCCAGUUCUGCAUGCGCUGUUGCUGCUGCUGCUGUGCUGCGGAAGAAGACGACAACGACGAGAAGCAGGCUUUACUUCCUCCAGACCCCCUGGAGUACUUUGACCGUGAGGUCCAGAAGCGGCGGGACCAGGAGACCAACCUGUGGAGUGAGCCGGGGGACCCCAGCCACUCUGAGAGGGACGACGACCGGGCCCUCUACGGCCUGCUCCAGGCUCGGGGCAAGACUCGCACGGGCUCCACGAGGUUCCGGCGCCUGAGCGUAGACAUCGAGGCAUUGAGAGAUACACGGCGAGAGGUCAGAGACAAGUGGAAGACCAUCCUGGAGAACCUGGGUUUCAUGGCGGAGGCGGAUUCCUUGCUGACGGUGUCGGCCACCGCCUCCUCCGACCGCAUGCGCAACGCAGCGGCCGCUCGCACCAUGCUGCACACCUUGUCCUCCGAGACCUCCCUUUUCGAAUCCCGAGAGCCUCCCCCCGAGAGAUACCUCUUCAUUCUGGAUCGUCUUAUAUAUCUCGACGUAGCGGACGACUUCCUGGCAAAGGCCAGGCGCUUCUACCCUCCUCGGGAUUCUGAUGAGGAAGAGGAGGGCUCAGGGCUGUCCAUUAACCUGCCCCUGUUGCUGGCCCGGAUGGAGGCAGGCGUGCAGAGAGGAGCGGACGGUGUUGACGAGGACGAUGAAGAAAGUGAAAGAGAAUGUUAGAAACCUUGAAAAGGAGGAGGAGGAGGAGAAGGAGGAGAUGGAGAAGAAAACUAUGGUCUGUGUUGCUUGACUGGCUUUAGUUGCGUCUUUCUCUCUUCCUAUUGGUGGUUCUCCACCACUGCUGUGUGGAGUUCAAAGUCUGAAUCCCAUCUUGUCCCAUAUUCUUCCGUUAUUCAGAAAUAAAAUCCCAUCGGUGAUGAACAAA